AUGCACAUUGGAAAUUGGAUAAUGAAGGUUCCUAUGUGCAUACACUCUGUGUCCAACGAAGCUUAUUUAAGACAUUGUGUAUCUGCAGUUGAUUGUGACUUUGAGCAAAGCAUGUGUGGUUGGACAACAGGCAGAAAUUUUUCCUCCCCGGUAGGCAGCAAUCAGUACUGGAACCUUUGUCCGCAUCUCCCCACCUCUACCGACCUCCAAGACACAUGUGACGUAAACCUUGGAUUUAAGCAUGCUGAUCCAUUUUCAAGACAUAGAUUGCACGAAAAAUGGCAACACGGCAAUGUCAAAGGUAAAAUGUUUUUUCAAUUGGCAAAUCGUAACUUACCCCUGUGUCUUCUUGGACUAAGUGGGUUUGUUCUGACCUCCAGUAACCGGAACGUUGGGCGCCCUGAAAGUAAUAAGUAUAGGACUUUCUAUACUUCCUACGUAUUAAGUGGGGAACUGCCAGCUUUUUUCCUGUACAGAUGCCUGCGUUAUUCUUAUGCCAUAAAGGGUCAUUCUGUCCUCAUUGUGUCUUAUAUGGAAAUACUAACUCAAAGCAGGAACGACAAAUUCCUGAUGGAACACGGCAGCCGUUGGUUGACAAACAGCUCAGAGGAGUGGAUUAGUGGUACACAAUCUGUGGAUCUUCCACUCAUUCCCAAUUUUAGGAUAAUGUUCAGAGUGUGGUUCAGAUUUAAAGGGAACAAUGUGAUACAUUUAGACAAUAUCAGUGUCACAGAAGGAAUAUGCAAUGGAAGUUGCCCUCUCGAAAUGUUUCGCUGCUCCAGUGGAGAAUGCAUUUUACCAAGUCUUGUAUGCAAUUCCCUUAAGGACUGCAAAGAUAUGUCGGACGAAGAGACAUGUGAAUCGGGAACAGUGAGCAGUCGGACAAAAGACAUUUCUUUAGAACCAGCAUCGGUUGAUGUCUUUUCAAUUUGCCCUUAUUGUCCUCCUGAAAACAAUAUUACCUGUGUUUCUUUCUGUCCAACAUCUUGUUUAUGUGCUGGAAUAACCCGCCUCUGUAAAAGAUCUACUCCUUCUACCUAUAUUUACUUUGUCCAAUUAUCAGAAAUGACCUGUGGUGCACUGGAUGUUUUAGAAAUAGGAAGAGGGAUUUAUCAUUUUGACAUUUCUUUCUCCCGAAUACGCUCUUUCAACAUCACGGAUAAUAUCAAAAUAGAAAAACUUACUGUCUCCGAUUCUACCAUUGAAACUCUAAACAUACCCGACAAAAUGGUAAAUUUCAUACAGUUCAAGAAUUUGAAAGCAAAUUCAAUUUCAUUUUAUACGAAUUCUGUGUAUUUACAUUUGAUUGGAAACCUCCGUAUGUUUAAUGCCUCAGUUUUUCUUUACCUGCCUUACGUGAACUUUGAAGGUAACAUUCUUUCCGGUGCGACAGUUAUAUAUCAACCACAGUCCUAUGCAAUAAUAAACUCACAUAGCAUACUUGUCCUAAGGAACUGCAACAUAUUCCAAACCCUCUCCGUCAUUGAUGUUAAAAGUAAUCAUGUAGAUUUAAGCCACAACAAACUUAAGUCGUUCUCGGUGAACGAUCGAACACACACAUUACUGAUAAGCAAUAACCAAUUGGAGAGGAUAGUCAAACCGGUUUUUGUGACACGUAUUAUGUCUCUAAAAACAAUUAACAUGUCAUUCAACAAAAUAACCUAUCUACAGCAGAAUGACUUCGCUUAUUUUUUCAACCUCCUCUACAUAGAUUUAAAGUCCAACAACAUAUCCUGGAUACAUGACGAAACGUUUGCAGAUCUUGUCAAAUUGCGUUUCCUAGAUCUAUCAAAUAAUUUCCUACAGACUAUUAAAGAAACGUUCUUUCAAAAUCUGGAAAACCUGCAGUAUCUUUAUUUACAAAGAAACCUUAUUAGAACAAUAGAACUGGAGUCGUUUUACGCUCUACAGAGUCUUGUGUUGUUAGAUUUAUCAAGCAAUAAGAUAACAUUUUUAAAAGGAAGAUAUUUCCGAAAUCUUGAAGAACUGAGAUACUUGUAUCUCCAAAAUAAUGAUUUUCAGGUAUCGGAAGGAAUGUUUGACGGUUUGUCUAGCCUCAUAUUGAUGCAGGUAGAUUUUUUCUCCCUUUGUUGUGCCAAGCCAAGAAAUGUUUACGAUAUAAAGUGCGUAGCUCCUGAAAAUAUGAUUUCUUCUUGCAAUAACUUAAUAGCUGUGCCCAUUCUAAAUGUUGGAAUAUGGUACAUCGCAUUGUUUGCAGCUUUUGGAAACUUUUUUGUGUUUUGGUAUAAGAUGGUUUACCUGAAAAGACAGUCUGCCCAGGCACAUUUUAUUUUAACGACUAACUUAAACUGGGCUGACUUUUUAAUGGGUGUUUACCUUUUUAUCAUAGCAAUAGCAAACCUCGUGUAUAAUGGACGUUACGGACUAGAAGACUAUUCUUGGAGGAACAGUUAUUUUUGUACCAUUGCUGGAAUACUUGCUACUCUGUCUAGUGAAACAUCAACAUUUCUUGUCUUUUUAAUUACAUUGGAUAGAUUCAUCGCCAUAAAAUUUCCUUUCUCGGGAAAAGGCCUUACUAGAAGUAGAGCCAUUAUCCUGUCCAUGUGUUCCUGGUUUAUUUCCUUAUUUCUAAGCAUAUUGCCAAUUAUCCCUAUGCAGUCUAAAUUCUUCGAAGGAUACUAUGCACGUUCUGGAAUUUGCAUAUCCUUACCGCUAUCUGUUGUCAAAAAAUCGGGAUGGCAGUACUCCAUGGCGGUUUUCAUCGGCUUGAACUUCCUUCUCUUCAUGGGAAUUUUUAUCGGACAGAUUGCAAUUUUUUAUGAGGUGAUAACAGUCGGAAGAAAUGUGACCUGUUCUAGAUCGAGGAAAAGGGAGUUAAAUCUGACUAAGAGUUUGGCUGCGAUAGUUUUCACAGACAUAUGUUGUUGGAUCCCCGUUGGAACGAUAGGACUGCUAACCUUUGGAGGUAUCAGUGUGUCUGGUGAAGUUUAUGACUGGAUCAUUGUCAUAGUUCUCCCUAUAAAUUCCGCCCUUAAUCCAGUCAUCUACAACUUGACUGCAUUUAUGAAGCACAAGCGAGAAAAACAUGCUUCGAAAUCAGAUACCUUGAGAAAAGAGUGUGCAGGACUGAGAAGAAAACUGGAAUCAGUACAGUCAAUGCAUUCAAAUUGUUCCUGUAAAAGAAAGACCAUAGAGAAAUUAGACAACAGCACAAAUACAGAGACAUAUAGGGUUGGAGUGACAAUGGAAACAGAUCCACACUCAAAUGGAAUAGGUGUAACUUACAUAAAGUUGGAAACCACUUUCUGA